CUUCCAUAUCCCUUCUCAGAGGAUGGAGAGCGGUGGUCAGUAUGAAAAUGGGCGGUACAACUCCGAUUACUACAAAGAAGGAACACACUCUCUGUGGAAUAGUACUACCAUGUCUAAUCAGACAAAGGAGGACCAACAUAAUGCUCUGGUGAUGAAUCAGAAGAUCAUGUCCAUCCUUGCCGAGAGAGACGCUGCCCUCAAGGAAAGAGACGAUGCCUUAGCUGCCAAGCAGGACGCUUUAGCCGCUCGUGACGAAGCAUUUCACCAACGUGACAAAGCUCUCUCUCAGAGAGAUAAUGCUAUCUUGGAGAGGGACAGUGCCUUGAGUGCUCUUCAAUUCCGUGAACACAAUCUAAACUACAUUCUGUCACGUGCAAAGCUCGGUGCCUCUCACUUACCCAACCCUUCUCCUUUGUCAACUAUUCCACAUGAAGCUGCGCCAAGUAAAAGAAAAAAAAAGCGCAAACAGGAAACAAGGUCCAAGGGAACGAGAGUGGGCGAAGAUCUUAACCAUCAGCUUGCUUCUCCCGGAAAGAAAUGCAGAAAAGAUCGGGACAGUAACGUUGUCGGCUUAAACCUAGUCACCUUCGAUGAGACGACAAUGCCAGUCCCCAUGUGCACUUGCACUGGUACUGCUCGUCACUGUUACAAAUGGGGAAACGGCGGGUGGCAGUCAUCUUGCUGCACAACCACUUUGUCUCAGUAUCCGCUUCCCCAGAUGCCAAACAAACGCCAUUCUCGAGUGGGAGGUAGGAAAAUGAGCGGAAACGUCUUCUCCAGGUUACUUAGCCGUUUAGCUGGACAAGGCCACGACCUCUCCUCUCCCGUUGAUCUCAAGGAUUAUUGGGCUAGACAUGGCACCAAUCGCUACAUCACUAUCAUGUAGCCAAAAGAUAUUCGAGCAAUGGCAAGAGCCUAUGACAGCCGCCACAGAUGUUGCAGCAACUCAACAUCAGCUAGUUAAGACAGCCGCCAUAGAACCAGAAUGGAACCAUGACAACAACACCAACCUGAAUCAGAGUAGAGCGGCUGUUGAGGUGUUGGCGAGAUGAAAGGAUUGGAGUCUUUUGUUUUUAAGUUGCAUAUCAACUAAUCAAACAUUAUGUAGUCUGUUGACUUAUAUGUAUAUUACAUAUGAAAUCUUAGUAAGAUAAAAAGUAGAAUUUCAAUUCAAGAGAUUGAGGUUCAGACACAGAUUCUCUCUAUUUGCUUUGUGCUUUUAUAACACCUCUCUUUGUUAAGUUUUCUGUGUGUUUAUAUAUGAACUGUAGUUAACAGGCCGGGCCUCAUUUUAG